CAAAGUGGGCGAGAACCACAUACCCCAGCAUGACUUUCUGCACCUGCUUAUUUACCCAAUGGUUGCUCGGUGCGCUCAAACAGUGACCAAUCAGAUGGUAAUCUCUUAAUUCUAACAGUUAAAUGCCACGACUUUCGUUUUAUCAGCUCAUAUUUCAUAAAUUUGUGGAAUACUGAAGGAUAUUGCCGGGUUGUCGCUUGACUGCCACAGUCAGAUAAACAAGUGAUCGUCUGUUCAUCUGGCAGAGACUCCAGAUAUUGUCAGCGCACAGGGACUGCUGCCGGACAUGCAAUCGGGUGUUCGGGUGUGUGCGCCCACCGCGGCUCUGCUGGGCCCGUUGUGCCGCGGCUGUCUUAGCAGGGCGCGGAGUCUGCCCGGCCGGAGCUUCAGCUGCUCUCCCCGGCAGAGCAGCAGGUGGAACAGCCAGGAGACCUGCAGCCCCCCGCCUCCUCGGGACAACCCCCGUGUCCUCAUCACAGGUGGCCUCGGACAGUUAGGAGUGGGACUUGCACAGAUACUAAGGAAACAGUAUGGAACAGAGAAUGUAAUCCUGUCAGACAUAAAGAAGCCUCCACCUCAUGUGUUCAGCAGUGGCCCGUUUGUAUAUGCUGAUGUGCUGGACUACAAGCACCUCAGAGAACUGAUUGUAAAUAACCGUAUCACUUGGUUGGUGCACUACAGUGCUCUUCUCAGUGCUGUGGGGGAGGCUAAUGUGGCCUUAGCACGCAAGAUCAACAUCACAGGCCUUCAUAACGUUCUGGAUUUGGCCUUGGAGAACUGCCUGCGUCUCUUCGUCCCCAGCACCAUCGGAGCCUUUGGGCCAUCUUCUCCCCGUGACCCUGCUCCUGACCUCUGUGUUCAAAGGCCUCGAACCAUCUAUGGUGUAUCCAAAGUCCACGGAGAACUGAUGGGGGAGUAUCUCCAUCAUAAAUAUGGCCUGGACUUCCGCUGCCUGCGAUACCCUGGUGUGAUCUCAGCCACUACACAGCCUGGGGGAGGCACAACAGACUACGCAGUUCAGAUCUUCCACGAUGCUCUCAGCACAGGCCACCAUGAGUGCUACCUGCGCCCUGACACCCGUCUUCCCAUGAUGCAUAUCUCCGACUGCCACCGUGCCACAGUGGAGUUCAUGCAGGCUCCAGAGUGCCAGCUGUCCCUGCGCACAUAUAAUAUCGCUGCCAUGAGCUUCACCCCGGAGGAGGUGGCCCAGGAAAUCCGCAAGCAUCUGCCUCACCUCAAGGUCACAUACAAUCCAGACUCGGUCCGCCAGACUAUUGCGGACAGCUGGCCGGUCAGGUUUGAUGACUCCAACGCCAGAAGAGACUGGGGCUGGUCACCAGCCUUUGGCCUGGAGGAGCUGGUCGCAGACAUGCUCAGCGCCAUCCGAAACAAGAGGACCAACGAGGGACUGCCAAUCAGCUAGCAAAGCCUGCUUCACAGAGACUGACCGAACCCCCUACCCACAAGUUUUCUUCAACCAGCGUUUACACACAAUACACUGAAACUUCCUUUGACUUGAGUUGACUACCAGAAUCUCCUGUUACUCUGGAAAGUUAUAGCACUCAGCUGGAGACUGUUUACAAAAUAGGAAUCCUCAGCCAGAGCCUCUCAACUAACAGUGGAUACUGAGAAGUUGACUGCCAAAGCAUCUCACACACACACACACACACACACACACACACACACACACACACACACACACACACACACACACACACACACACACACACACACACAGAAACACACACACACACACACACACACACACACACACACACACUGCCGCCUUGUUCUUUUUCAGGGAACCAUAUUGUCAAUCAUUAUCUUCUGUUGUUACUAUCUUCAUUCUCUGUUGUUUUAAUUGUUACAAUGGUUUAAACAGUAUUUUACACACGGGGGAUCUUACCUCAGAUGAAACAGCAAAUCAUUUUUACUUUUUACUUUUCUUUAAGCAUCAUAUACUUUUAAAAUGUUAUGGAAGUGCAUCCAUGAAAAUAGUUUGUCACAAUGUAUAAUUCAAGAUGUGCCAGUUCCACGUUAAGAGUAGCUAAUCUGGAGUAGGUUUUAAUCUGGACUUCUUAGCAUGAUCAUCUGGAGUGGCUGCCACAAAUGUUUUGAGUUUGGUGUAGUUCAUUCUGACCUAUAAUGACUCAUUGGAACUGAAUGACUCAACAUGAAGACAUAUAAAAUAAGAAAAGAAAAAAAAAACUAUAUUCAGGUUAUCUUAAAUUCUGUGGCAAUGUGUGUUCAUACAUCCUGGUCUCCAUUGCUGCCAUAGUGUAACCAUUACACAUCCAUUAUGCAUAGUACUACUCCUGUACUGCCAUUAUUCUAUAUAAUCUACCUAAUGUUAGAUGUAUCUCUUUGCAAGUUUAAUUUUAAGCCUUGUUCAGUCCUUGAUAAUAAUAUAAUAUUUAUUUGUAUAUAGCACUUAUCAAAAUCAACCUUACAAAGUGCUUUACAAAGAGUGAUAUAGUGGUUAAACAGCUUCUCAACAGAAGAAAAUAUUUUAUUAAAUGCUUACAAUGCCAAACCCACAGGGGGUUAUUUUGAUAAAAUCUGAAAGGCAAUUUAAAUGAACCCUGAAUUAAAGUGCAGUUUUAAUCAAGGACUUGCCACUUGGCACAGUCUGUGUUAGUCCAUCUGGCACUAUCACUUCACAAUAGCUCUGAAAACUGUAUGUGUUCUGAGUGUUUUAUAAGAAAGACAUAUCAUAUAAUAUUCUGUCAAAGGACAAUCACGUAUAGCAUUCAACUCCAUUACCUGUGCCUUAUCACAAAACAGGAAGCCUAUUUAAAAUUUCUUUCCUUGUCAGCAGUGUGAUUUUGGGUAUGAAUGAGUACCAAUAAAAAGAUGAAGCCUUA